CGAAUUCUUUAUUAACGUCAUCGUCUGCCUCUUCGUCUUCCGCUUUCCUUCUCUCUCUCUCUGUCUGCAAAUCACUUUUCACUCUCUUUUUCUAAUCCCUCCAUUUCCAAUCUCUGUCAACUCAUCAUUCUCCGCCAUUCCUCUUCAACUUCAACCAGCGCUCUCCUGUGAUCGGACUCUCCGUUCUCUUUUACUUUUGCAGCUCCACUCGCCACCGCCGGCNUUUUUUUUUUUUUUUUUUUUUUUUUUUUUUUUUUUUUCCGGACAAUGAUGCUCGGGAGUAGCAGCAUGGAGCGAUUAUCGGAACGGAGUCCGAGAUGUGAGCUUUUCGCUUUGUAGUUGAAUGUCUGUGACUCGUUGUUGUGAUUGCAAAUUUGGUUUUGUUACUUUGAUUUAUGGCUUCCACGAACUCACCGCCUAACAUUGACUCUUCGGAGUUGACGGAGGAUUUAGCGACGAAGGCUUUGAAUAAACGGUAUGAGUGCCUUGUAACUGUUCGAACGAAGGCUAUUAAGGGGAAAGGAGCUUGGUAUUGGGCUCAUUUGGAGCCUGUUCUUAUACGGAAUCCUAGUAAUAGUCUUCCGAAAGCGGUGAAGCUCAAGUGUUCUUUGUGCGAUUCUGUUUUUUCGGCUUCGAACCCUUCGCGGACUGCAUCUGAGCAUUUGAAGCGAGGCACUUGUCCUAAUUUGAGCUCCAUUUCUCUGUCUAAUGCUUCGGCGUCGCCGUUGCCGAUAUCGUCCAUCCCUUCUCCGACAUUUCACAACCACAAGAAGCGAAGCUCCCCAAUGAAUGCUCCAAUUCUUACUGCUUCCUAUCAAGUUCAUUCGCUUGCCAUGAUUGAGCCGACGCGGUCCUAUGCUCCGCUAAUUUCCUCGCCGCGGACGCCAGUGGCUCAAAAUCCGCGGUUGAGUCAGCAUCAGUUGGUGUUAUCAGGUGGGAAAGAUGAUUUGGGUGCACUAGAAAUGCUGGAAAACAGUGUCAAGAAACUGAAGAGUCCACAUGCCUCACCUGGACCAAGGCUAAGUAAGGAACAAAUCGAUUCUGCCAUCGAAUUACUGACUGAUUGGCUUAUUGAGUCAUGUGGGUCAGUGUCGCUUUCGUGCCUUGAGCACCCAAAGUUCAAAGCCUUGCUUAGUCAGUUAGGUUUGCCUUCAAUACCUCGAACCGACAUUUUAGGAGCUCGGCUCGACUCCAAGUUUGAAGAGGCCAAAGCUGAUUCAGAAGCCAGGAUUAGAGAUGCAGCGUCUUUUCAAAUUGCUUCAGAUGGCUGGAAGAAUAAGAACUGCUGUGGCGAAGAGAGUGUAGUUAAAUUUAUGGUCAAUCUUCCAAAUGGUACUACUGUGUUUCAAAAAGCACUAUUUACAGGGGGACUGGUAUCAUCCAAGUAUGCCGAAGAGGUUAUUUUGGAUACGGUCAACGAGAUUUGUGGGAGUGAUCUGCAGAAAUGUGUGGGGAUAAUUGCAGAUAAGUAUAAGGCCAAGGCGUUGAGGAAUUUGGAGAUAAAGUAUCAUUGGAUGGUAAAUCUCUCUUGCCAGCUUCAGGGUUUUAUUAGUUUGAUAAAGGAUUUUAACAAAGAGCUUCCACUUUUCAGGGUAGUUACUGAAAAUUGCUUGAAGGUUGCAAACUUUGUAAGCACCAAAUCUCAAGUUAGGGAUUGUUUAAACAAGUAUAAGGUGCAGGAGUUAGAGGGCCAUUUGUUGCUUCAUGUUCCUUCGCCAAACUGUGAUACAUCCAAAAACUUUUCUCCUGUUUAUGCUAUGCUUGAUGAUUUGCUUAGCUGUGCUCAUGUGCUUCAAAUGGCUGUGUUAGACGAGUCCUAUAAGCUGGCAUGCAUGGAGGAUUCACUUGCCACUGAGGUUUCUAGUCUGAUACAAAAUGAACGCUUUUGGGAUGAAGUAGAGGCAGUUCAUUCAUUUGUAAAGAUGAUCCGAGGGAUGGCUCGAGAGAUUGAAGCCGAAAGGCCACUGAUAGGGCAAUGCUUGCCUCUUUGGGAAGAGCUGAGAUCAAAAGUGAAGGAAUGGUGUGCAAAAUACAGCAUAGCCGAAGAGCCAGUGGAAAAAAUUAUAGAAAAGCGGUUUAGGAAAAAUUAUCAUCCAGCAUGGUCAGCUGCAUUUAUUCUGGACCCUCUUUACUUGAGGAGGGACAUAAAUGGGAAAUAUCUUCCACCCUUCAAGUGCCUUUCGCAAGAUCAGGAAAAGGAUGUGGAUUCACUUGUUAAUCGGUUGGUGUCCAGGGAAGAAGCUCAUGUCGCAUUCAUGGAGCUUAUGAAAUGGAGAUCCGAAGGACUAGACCCACUUUAUGCUCAGGCAGUUCAGGUUAAACAACGAGACCCUUUAACUGGAAAGAUGAAAAUUGCCAACCCACAGAGUAGGCGCCUUGUCUGGGAAACUUGCCUAAGCGAGUUUAAGACCCUUGCCAAGGUUGCACUAAGGCUCAUUUUCCUCCAUUCAACAUCUUGUGGCUACAAGUGUAAAUGUUCUAUCAUGAAUUUGGUUUGCUCGCAUCGACACUCCAGGGUCGGCUUGGAGAAAGCUCAGAAGAUGGUAUUUGUUGCAGCUCAUGCCAAGCUUGAAAGGGGUGACUUUUCUAACGAGGGAGACAAAGAUGCAGAACUAUUUUCAAUGGCAGAUGGUGAAAAUGACAUACUCAAUGAGGUCUUUUCUGAUGCACCCUCAAUUAACGUGGUGGAUAUGUUUGAUCAAACGGAACCAGAGCUGUCAGAAGUCAACCUCGGACUAGGUACCAUAUCUUUGCAGCUGAAGAUGCACUUCACCGAAGGAAUCCCAAAUAUAUCUCCUGUUGUGCCUGCUUAUGUCACUUUUUGAGCCCCACUGUGUGGAGUGGAUGUCUAUCUCAAUGCUGUUGUAGAUGUCAUAGUCAAAGAAAAGACAUUUACCAGAAUGGGCCCUUAUGUGAAAUUUCCACCUGAAAGUUGAAGUUUGAAAUUUUGCGGAUUUAUUGGUUAGCCUUGGCAUGAUUGCUAAAAAAGUCUUGACCAAAGGGCAAGCAAGGAGCGUUGUCGGCAUGAGUAUGCACAUAACAAGGCCGAAAGGGAUAUUGCAACCAACUUGAAUUGAUGUUGCAUGUAUGGUUCAGAAAACAACUUUCACAACACAAAGCAGGGGACUGGAGGAGGUUCUACAUCUCAAAGGAGCCAUGAUGCUAAAUUUUCCAAGUUAUCUUUUAUUAUGGUAAGAAAAAAAAAAAAGCUAAAUUUUUUAGAAGUUUAUCUGGUCCUACCUUUCUCAUAAUAGUGUCUUGAGCAUCCUAUACCUAUCUCUUCCUCGCUAAAAAGGAAAGUUAGAUACCAUUUUUAGCAUUUAGGUGGCAUGGACUCCUGUGGGGGUCAGUUAAAUUGGCUUCCCAAACAUAUUCUGACGUGUUUUGAUUCAACCCAUAGUUACUAUUAGUAUUGGGAAUGAUGUCAUGUGCUACCUUGUCGGAUUCGUCAAGUUGUAUGCCACUGGCAUCCUUAUCUGGUACACCUGAAAAUGUUCUUUCUCCCCACAUUCACAGUUCUAAAAGGUUCAAAGCUGAGAGAGGAUUAGAUGAGAUAAAUGUAAAAACUUGAAGAUGUUUGUUUUGUACAUUUGUAGAUAUGAUAUUUCUUUAGGC